CUCGAACUCGGACUCGGAGCUCCUUGCGUUCCCUGAUUGCGUCCUCCAGCAAACUACUCGCAGCAGCAUUCACCGUCUAUUCCCAGGUUCUGGAUCAACAUGUCAGGAAUUCCCAACUCGUAUGUCAUUUUAUUACCGUGUGGUGGGACGUCUAAGUCGGAUACAGAUUAAGAGAGCUCAAUGAGGAUGUUCUGUGCCACAUCCUCCAAGGGCUUCCAACGCGAGACUUGAAGACAGUGUCGAUGGCGUGCCGCUGGCUCCGAGAGGCAUGCAUUUCCUUACUACUCAGUCAUUGCUCCCUCCUUGUCUAUGAGCCGGGGUAUCUCGAACAUCCCGAAAUAUUCCUGCCCGCGCCGCUCAGGCCUUACGUCCGUUCGCUGACCCUUCGUGACGAGUGCAUUGACCAACAAUGUGCUGAUCUUGAUGAUGACAUGGACACGAACUUGCCUCUGUACUACACCGAUGACCCCAGGCUUUGUGGUGCUUUUCCCGGCGCCUUUCUCGCUGAACGACUACGAGAGGCCCCUCACCUGACCUCAUUGACUAUGCACAAGCAAUACAUCACAACGCACGGUCUACCAUGGGAUACUCUACGCGUGGCUCUGUCGGUGCCGCAUCUGCGGGAGUUCAAGUUUAGAAACUUCUAUUUCUGCCCUGUCCUACGUGCCGGGGAGGAACUCGACGUCGACUCUCUAGCUCCACUCACAUCAUUCCAUUACCGGAUGCAUCACCCACGACGACCGUGGUCUUUCCCGCCCGACAUGGCAGCACUGGCCUAUGUGCUAGGCAAACUGUGCGAGACUCUAGAGACAUUAGUCCUCUCCAGCGAGCCAGCGCCGUUGUCCACCCUUGCCGAAUGCCUCGUCUGCGAAAGCUCGUCUUCUACGGAACUCCCUGGAUGGUACUGCCCAGACCUUUCGUGUCAGUUUGCUCUGGAAUGCAGGGCCUACGGCGUCUCUCGCUGAAACUUAGCCCUCCGCCACACACCAUGCCCCAGGUACUUUGGCCACCCGGCUACACCUGCGCAUUCCCGUGGCCAGAGCUUGAGCGGCUAGUCAUCUCGUAUCCUGAUCCCAAGGACCAGAUAUACGACCAUCUUCCGUCAUCUCUUCGUGCGCUAUCGUUGCGAUGCUGGCGGCAUGUCUAUGACGAGCAGAGCUACCACAACUACGCUCUCAC